AUGAAUACAAGCAUUGAUCACCUAGUGACCACUGAUUCUCAAUCAGGUCUUAUAGUAACUCGUGGUAUACCACUUUCUUCAUUUACAUCUACAGAUGAAUCUAUUCUUGAUCUUAGUCAACGAUUAAUUAUUAUUGAUAAUUGGAGAAAAAAUUCAACAUGUAUUUAUACAGAUUCAAUUGAUGAUGAUGAAUUCAAUAGAAUAACAAUAGAAAAUAAAGACAAUAAUAAUUUAAAUAUUGAAUAUUCAUUAACUGAUCAAUUAACACAUAAUUUAAUAAAAGAAAAUUCAUUGUCAGAUAAUACAAAACAAUCACAAAUUGAUCUUUAUUGUUCAAAGAAAAAAUCCAAUUUAUCAUCAUCUCGUAUUGUUAUACAUGAACUUGAACCUUCUUCUUCUCAUUUAUCAUCAUCCAAUUUUCUUUGGUCAAACUAUUUUUCAUUAGUUAAUGAACGAUCUGUAUCCGAAGAAUUUUUUGAUCAUUAUUUAGCAUCAAUUCAAUCCGGUUUUGAAAUCAAUAUGAAACUUGAAUAUUGUUAUGAUAGUCAACAUGAUUUAUAUUGGUUAACACAAAUACAAUUAGUUUCUCAUAGUUUAAUUCGUUUACAUUAUGUUGGUUUACCUGAAGAUGAUACUUCAAAUGAUUUUUGGACAUAUAUCUAUGAACAACGUUGUCAUCCAAUUGGUUGGUGUAAAGAAAAUAGUAA